AUGCCUUUCUUGGGCCAGGACUGGAGGUCGCCAGGAUGGAGCUGGAUCAAGACCGAGGAUGGCUGGAAGAGGAUCGAGUUCUAUGGAAAUGAAUUGGGAGACAACAACAACGGAAUAGACUUGGAAGAGUAAGUGCCGUUUACGUACGUGCCCUCAUCGCUCUUAAUAAUUAACCUAUUAACCUACAUUCACUGUAGUACUACCAAAUGGUUAUAUAUAUAUAUAUAUAUAUAUAUAUAUAUACUCUGCCUGUUUCUCAUGAGUUGCUGUAUUCAUGAGUUUAUUUGUAGAACACCUUCCUUCAGUGUGCGCCCCUUUUAAAAAAAAAACUGUGACGUAUAAUAAGGUUCGUACAAUCAAACACAUAUCUGUAAUAUAGCCAUGUGAUGUUAAUCUAUUUCAUUUCAAGUCCUAUCAUUCAGAUCAAUGCCAAUUGACAUUGACUUUGUUUUGAUUGUUUAGUAUUAUAUCGAAUAAAAUUGGCUAUAGACUGCUUUUCGGCUACAUAGCAGAUGCGAACUAUACAAAGUAUCAACUGUUGCUCACGUGCUUGAAAUGAUCCUCAUUAAAAGCCCUGUGUCAUGUAAAUAUCAUCAGUGUAAAAAUGCUAAAAAUAAUUGAUUGUGAGCUUUUUCACGCUGUGGUCAUUUUUACAUGACACCCUGCACCAUCUAUGAUAAUGUCUUGUAUUAGCUUUUAUGUACAGUCAGACAGCACCUGGUAGCCUUUCUGAAUGAACCAUCUAACAUUGUCAUUCACCACACUCUAUUUCACCAUUGGAUAUUGGUUUCCAUUGAAAAACAGGGUUGUGAGCAGAGAUAUAGUCUGCCAUUUAUUACUGAUCUAAUGGCUUUCCUGACUGACUACAGCCUGUAACGUGUGUGUGUGGUUAGUUAUUAUAGACGUAGAGACUGUGCUCGCUACUCUUCUUUCCCCUCAGCUGUUGCUUUUAUUUAACGGUCUACUGUUAAUUUUUAAUGGCUUUUAAUGGCUCCGGGGACAUGGGAUAUUAUAAGAUGAAACACAGCUGAAUAAUUAUGAAUGGCACUUUUUUUUUUUAUAGCUUUUAUUUAUUUAUAUAUUCAACCUCUGUUCUAUUUGAUCUCCUUGCUGAAGGGAAUAAGGGAUUAUUUUGACUGAAGUCUUUGAAGCUUAUAUUUCAUUAUUCCGCUGUAUAAUGAAACUGAGAUUAUUUACCUUGACACAUCCCUAUGGGUUAUAUGGCUAUUAUACCUUAUUGUAUUUCUCUUAUUUUUAGUUAAUCAAUUUAGUUCAGUUUCUCAGAACGUUUUUCAGUGAGACUGAUAUAGAACUCAUGAAAAUGUAUGGUGGAUAUUGCACUCUGUCAUGGUUCUCUGUCAUAGUUGCUGUGCUGUAGUCUUUCCCAGCAGGCUUUGCUCACCUGUACUUAUCCACCAUGUUAAAUGAACCAGCUGUUACUCUUUUACUGGUGAAACUUCACAAUGUUCACAUUGAUGCAUACCUUUUAUGCUCAGGAUAAACCGAGAAAGGGAAUUGGUGGUAGUAGGUUUUUCUUGCAGUCUAUCUGUAUGGAAUCACUUGAUAUAACAAAUGGAUCCAGUUAGCGUUGAGAUCAGUUGGACAGAGAGUAACUGUGUCAGUGACACUAGGAGGAAGUGUUCAUGUUGUCAGCCCAUGAAACAGGAAACAUCAGUAGGAAGUGCUUUUUUAGAUGAUUAAAGAGGCACAGUAAACUCGUGAAAUACUGUCACUCUGUCAAGAGAUUAGGGUAAAUCACAGUAGGACGGAUCCAGUCGGCCAUAACCUAUUCUUAAUUCCAUACUAGGAGAGACCUCAGGACAUUCAGGAAGUGAUUUACACUCCAUAAUUGGCGCCUGUCAUCACCAGGGCAUCAUGGCAACAGACGGAGGCGAUUUAAUGGUAGGGUUGUUGAAGCAAGGCUCAGAGUAAAGUGAGUCACUCACCAAAUAAAACCGACCCAACUGGUGAGGAUGUGCCAUAGGAUGAAGGUGAGCAGGAGGGUAGGAAAGAUCUCAAGAUGUGUGUGUGUUGUCAUCAGUGUGGGUGAAGGUCAGAGUCACAUUUAGGUUGGGUGUUUUAAACGUGUCAGGUUCCUGUUUCUCCCACAGCCUGUCAGACAGUAAGUGUGAAUAUUGAGAAUAGUUGUUUGUGACUGACUGAUUGUCUGAGGGAACUGACUCAAUACCUGCCAGCCAGAGGAGGAUACCCUCCUCCACCCAGGCACACACAUCAAAACAAACAAAGUUUCCUUCUCCAGCUAUGCAACCUGUGGAGAAUUGUAUUGUGAAAUAGACAUGACUGACAGAUUCAUAAAUCAGUAGGGGAGAGUGGGGUAUUUGGAGCCAUUUGUUUUACAUUCAUCACUACAUCAAGGGAAAUAUAGUAUUCUUUCUAACAAAGAUAUCUACAUAUAUUUCAGGAUGUUGUGGAUCCCUGGAAAUAAUCAGAAUUAAUGUGAACAUAACAGUUUUGAAAACAUAGCUUGUCCAAAACAAGUUGUCUCUUGGCACAACUUACCCUGGUAUGGGGUAGCCUAAAUUGAGUAUAGGGACCGGGUAAGUUGAGGUAAAGAUGUUCCACAUCUACAAAUUUCUGUACUGAAUCCAAUAUUACCACCACCUUCUCUUGAGUUUAUAUGCAUGACAAGUUGCAAAAAAUACUAUGCAUAUUACUGACAAAAUUUUACCCCUGGCCAAAUGGCACACUUGGCACAAUUUACCCCAAAGCAACCAUUUUGACUAUAUUAGCCCACAGCUACAAGGUAAACUUUCAUGCUAGGUUUAAGACAUCUUAUUGUAGUUAUAAAGACCCCAACUGAUGUAUAAAAUGUCUUAAAACUAUCUACUUUGGUUUAGAUGGAAGCAUCAUGAAACCUAUAACACAAAUUCAUUUGACUUUGUGAAAUCCAGUUUUUCUUUUUUUUACCUAACUUGCUAAUGUGGUUUCUUCCUUCAGACUCCAUGAAAUUAUGACCUCUUCCUAAACAUUUGGUCAGAAUGUAUUGAUUUGACAUGAUUCAUUUUGUGUAUGGAGUUCUAGAAACAAGGGGAGGUACAACUUACCCCACUCUUCCCUACAUUGAUUGACUGACUAAUUGGUUAGUUGAUUUCUUAAUUAAAUUGGUAGUAUAUUGAUUAGGCUAAUUGACCUGAAAGGUCACAGGGGAUUGACUUGGGUAGUCCUCUCCUUGGUCCAUUGUAAACAGGUGCACUGAUGAAGGAACACAGCACUUGUCCUCCCUCUCUUUUCCACGUAGGAGAAAAAUGGCCACCUCCCAAUGUUUUUAUGCCCUCCUUUUUCCCAUCUCCUAAUCUCCCAUCUGUUCUGACAUGUGGUUCAAUUUAACAUUCACUAGCAAACCUAUUUAUGUUGAUUUAAAGUUGCCAGGAAUUUUCCUACCUUCCUUCUCUCUGUCAGGUUUUGUAGCGGAUUCAUAUUUAUGUAAUGCUACAAUUGGGUGCAUGGGGUUGACCCUGCAUUGUAUUGCCAUAUAAAGAGAUGAAGGAUGUACUAUGUAGGGAGUUCUUGUGUUCAUCAAAUCAGCAUGGCGUUGUAUGUAGCCAACAUCUUUGUCACAACUCAUUAUGUUAUAGCAGUGGCUCCCAACAAGUUAUUUUUGUCUUUCUCUUGUCUGUUAAAAUAAUGUUUUGGGCAGUCUUUGACUUCUCUCAGCAGGAGGGCUGGCUUGUUAUCUGCAGGAAACAUGUUCUGUUAUGACCUGUGGACUGUGGUGGUAGUGAAUGAUGAGGCUUUUAGGCAGGGGUUUUACCAUUCAGAGCCCCAUGUGGUGCUCCAGUCUAGACAAACAAAACAGAUUAGGAAAAAUAAUAAUCUUAUAUUUUGACAUGGCAGAGUAUUACAUCUGAUUGUUAUGAUUUGCUACACUUUUUUUUUUUUAUGUGGUGAUGCAGUAGCUAUUUAUCUCUGAUGGUUAUAAUCGUAUAGGCUAUUAGUCGCUGUGUAGUGAGUACCUUUUUAUGGUGUCAUCAAAUCUAAAGUUGGCCCUCCAGUACCUCACAAUACAACAUUUGGCAAUAAACAUCCUACAAAUACCUCACAGAAAAACAAACUAUGACAUUGCACCACACAAUAACCAAUGACAUAAUUUCCUCUCAGUGGCUAUCCUCCAAAAAACAUCCAGACUCACAAAGGCCAAUGACAUACAGCAUCUACCCCCACAGUAGCCAUUGACUGCUAAAAAAACACUCCCACAGACCGACAUCAUUAUGACUGCUAUUGUACUGAUCCAAGUCCAACACAGUAGUUCAACACUCUCUCUCAGCCAUUUAGCUGAUACCAUGUAAAAGGUGAACAUUGACUGUCAAAGACCCACAUUGACUGUACAGGGUGUAUUUUGAGUAGUUUGAGAGCCAAAGUUGCUCUGUUCCUCCUGUCUGUCUCUGAGGGUUUUAGUUUUUCCUUCUUCUCUGUCCAGACAUGCUGCAGUGAGAAUCCUCUGUAAAAUGUUAGGUUAUUGCAUUCCUCACCUCUAAUUCCCUGUUACUGAUUGGUGUGUGUGCACGAAUGUCCACGUUCGUGCGUGCAUGAAUUAAGCAGUGGGAUCAGUACAUAAAACGGCCUGAAUUAGCCUACAGCCUAGAUAAGCUGCAUGUGUUACACGCAAAAAACUUUGGUCCACACCAAUGCAUUGCUUAAUCUCCAGCCCCCUCCCUGCCUGUGGUCAGUCUGUGUGGAUCUGAGACAGGCUGGAGGGAGAGUUGCUCUGCUGCUGAGAUAGUCACGUGAUAAGGCUGAGCACAUGGAUUACUAAUGCAUGGAGAACAUCAGUGGACCACUCACUUUGAUCUAGCAGCCAGUCCUCAUUAAACCAGCUGAUUGUCUGUGUAGAGAGAGAACACGACACCCAUAGAGAUCAGAGCAGGGUAAUGGUCAAUGAUGUUCCAGAUGCACUGUGUUCAGAUAACAGGAGCAAUAACAUAAAACAGAUGUAGGAGCAACAACAUGGACUAGGGGUUAAAGGGGUAGUUCACCCAAAUUACUAUAAACUAAUUUAAUGGAUAACCUGUAUCGAGUAUUUAAUCUGAACAGGACUGUAGGAAGUUGAUAGUUGCUGUAUAAUCUGGGUUCUGAGAUUAGCUGCCUGUGAUAGGAAGUUGAUUUGCUGCAAGAUAUUUUAUGCUUGCCUCAAUGCCUCAAUGAUACAGUGUGGUUCCCUAGAUAAAGAGAUUAGCUGAUUUCGUCCAGCAUUAGAGCUGAUGUUAUGGUCAGAAAAUAGUCUCUGGCCUCUAACCUUCUCCAUGAGUCUUUCUGAGAAACAAGAGGUCAGCCAGGUCAGAUCAGGGCUCUGCCAGUCUUAAUCACCUCAGUGGUAGUCAGGCAGUCAUCUGGGCAUGGCCAGGCUCUGGCCAUCUGCAGCGUGGACAGUGACUUAGUUACAUGAAUACACUGAUGUCCACCAUGCCAAUGCUCAUAAACAAUGCUAUUGACUCACUCCUUUCAUGUCUACCUUGUCUUUCUGAAACAGGCUCUGCGAUGAAAACAAAGAGAAUCUGUUUACUGGAAAUGUGUGCGAGGUAGCUGCCAAAAAGAGGAAAAAAGACUUCUACAACAACAACACCAAAUCACAGUGUGAGUAGCACUGACCGCAGCCAUCUUAUUCCCAUUAAAGGUCUUUGGGGGGAAAUGGCCAACCACUAGAGCUAUUAGGAAUGCUAGCCAGCUAGCAUGAGGUUUGGCAACAGUGGUUUAACAAAACAGUUAUGAUAAAUAGCAAAGUAAAUCUCUCUCUUUGACUCUGCUUUCUUUUCUCUCUUUUCCCAGUUGUUUACCAGGAGAAGUGGAUCUAUGUUCAGAAGGAGAGCACGAGAGAGGUGAGGAGAGUUUAGGUCAACUGCACCAUAUAACUGUGCGACACAAGACCUGGAAUGUGGAUACACUUUAUGCGAUGUUUAAUGGACAGUAAAUAAAAAUAGAGAAUGUCCACUAGAUUUUGUUUAUUGCCCAUUCCACUCUUUACCUUACACGGUAUGUGUUUUGGUAAUUAAGUGUGUGUUCUUACCUUAGAGACAUGGAUACUGCACGCUAGGGGAAGCCUUCAACCGUCUAGAUUUUUCCAGUGCCACUCAGGACAUCCAGAGAUUUACCUAUGUGGCAAAAGUAAGAUGCUGGCCUAGUAUCUGAAUUAUUAAGCAUGAUUUAGCUUGAUCAGUGAAACUGCAUGUAUCAAUUAUACUGGUUAUGUGCUGAUACUAGUCCUUGAUUUGUGUCCUGUCCUCAUCUCACUCUUUCACCUCUCUACUCUCUCUCGCCCUCUCUCUCUCACCCUCACCCUCUCUCUCACCCUCACCCUCUCUCUCACCCUCACCCUCUCUUUCACCUCUCUCUCUCUCUCUCUCUCUCUCUCUCUCUCUCUCUCUCUCUCUCUCUCUCUCUCUCUCUCUCUCUCUCUCUCUCUCUCUCUCUCUCUCUCUCUCUCUCCCCCUCUGUGCAGCUCCUCCAGCUCAUAGCCAGGUCUCAGCUGCCGUCCCUCAGUGGAGCAGCUCAGAAGAACUACUUCAACGUGCUGGAGAAGAUCGUACGGAAGGGUGAGGGAGACGGAGAGAGGGAUAUGUCCUCAUCAUGCUGUACCUCCCUGGUCUGUACUCAAUGGCCUGUCAGAAUAACACAGUGUAACCACAGCACAUUGCCUAAUGGCACAGCCCCUGGUUUUAGCCCUGAGCCAUACUUGGUGUUGUCACUGCUCCCUGGUUGGAGAAGUGAAAUGCAGCCUAGCGCUUUUUCUGAGAACAACACUUCUCUCUGUCCUGAUUUCAAUGCCCUCAAACUGACAGUCUAAUACUGGGUUUCUUGGUACCGUUUGGUCUCAUCAGCGUGGCAGUAGAACCGGUCUCACUGCUGCUGUGUCAGAGUGUUUGCCCAGCCACUAAACCACACAGCUGUAGUGCCCCGUCAUUACUGAGCUGCUGUUGCCGGGCGGAUCAAAGGAGCCAUCAGAUCUAAGCUUUAGGUCACACAACCACUCGCCUCAGGAAGGAAAACAUGAAUUAGCUGCAGUAUAUAAAGACCUAUUUUGCUUUGGCUUCAUGCAUGCCUUGAGAGUACAGUACGCUCUUCAAAUGGUGGUUUUGCUUUGGGAGUAAUGGCAAAAUGCUUCGACUUUUGAUAAAUAUUUUCCUGUAGUUUUAUUUUAUUUUGCAUUUUUGACUACAUUUCUUCCAUUACAAAAAGCAUAACAUUUUUAAUAGAUGUUUGGCAUUGUUGUUUUUUACACUGUUUUAAACCCUUUGUUCUUUCUUUGUGUCCAGUUCUGGAGGACCACCAUAACCCUCGCCUUAUCAAGGAGCUGCUGCAGGACCUGAGCUCCACCCUGUGCAUCCUGACCCGGGGCAUGGGCAAGUCUGUCCUGGUGGGCAACAUCAACAUCUGGGUCUGCAGGCUGGAGACCAUCCUCAACUGGCAGCAGCAGCUCAACAACCUGCAGAUACCCAAGGUAGAGUAUGGGGGGGGGGGGGGGGGGGGGGGUCUUUUUAAAUGGAUGAUUAUGAACCUAAAAGCCCUCACACCUAAUAGUUCAGCCAUGGCUCUAUAAGGGGAGGCUACUGCUGACCUGGGUACAGUUGGCACGGUGACAGACAGUGUUCAGUCAUCGGUUCCUCUCAGUGUUGUAUUGUGUAGUGGAAUGCUGCAGCCACAGCCAGCCAGGCAUAACCUUAACUAGGUGUCAGUCUGGUUCUGCUCUAGCCAACUCUUAUGCUGAUGUUUGGCUAAAUCCGAAUCAGACUGGCUCGGCUUCAGAGAUGGACUGGUUCAUUGUGUCUCAUUAUCAAGGUGGUUAGUGUGUUUGCUUGGUAGAAAGUUGUAACUUGUAUCCUUUUGUGUACUUAGACGUGUGCCGUCUGUUUAGUUUCAGUAGUCAAGAGACCUCUUGCAUGGAGGGAAAUUGACCUGAUAGUUCUGUUACAGUCUUGCCAUAGUUUCAACAUAUGUCUAUUUCUCUCUCCCCCCAGCAACUGUCCAAUGGGAUGACGCUGCGUGACCUGCCACUAGACAUGCAGAACAACAUCCUGUACAAGUUCGCCGACGCCUGUGACAUCAUCAACCUGGGACAGGCUACGCCCACGCUGCACAUGCUCAGUGAGGACCGGCACCUGUGGAAGAAGCUGUGCCAGUUUCACUUUGCAGAGAAACAGGUAGAAGUCACUGGGUAUCUAAACAUGGCAUUCAAUGUAAUCAGUGUCACAAACUGCUUGAAUACAGGGUCAUGUUCAGUGAGUAGUGCACAGUGACCACCAGAGAGCAGUGUUUCCACAUUUAAUGUAAGGGAGGCAUUCUACAUAAGUUCUUUGGAGUUGAACAUGAAAUGGUGCUCAUUUAUAAAAUAACACAGGAAUUACCCUUCAGUUACCUUAACAUCUCUUUCUUUCCUUUCCACAUGGUGUUAACCGUGUUUUCUCUUCAUGUUGUGUGUGUAGUUCUGCAGGCAUCUGAUCCUGUCAGAGAGGGGCCAUGUGGACUGGAAGCUCAUGUACUUCACCUUACAGAAAUACUACCCCAAGAGAGAGCAGUACGGAGACACACUGCACUUCUGCAGACACUGUAGCAUCCUCUUCUGGAAGGUAAGAACAAGAAGACACACUAGACAAUAUGGCGGCAUCUUAAAUGGCACCCUGUUCCCUACAUAGUGCACUACUUUUGACCAGGGCCCAUAGGGAAUAGGGUGCUGUUUCGGACGCGUUUUAUGUGUUCCAUAGCUGCAUGUCAAGGAGGACUCCCAUAAUACAUAGGCCUAUUUUUAGGUGGAUAUUAAUAAUAGAUUUAUUAAGCAUUUUUUCCAAGUUCGCGUAUGUGCUUUGCAAGAAAGAAAAGUAAACUAAAAUAAAGUUUCAAAGUGGACUGAGAUUUUGAGUCAGUCCUAGCCAGGAGAAAUCUUUGGAUGUGUUUUGAUGUCAUGGUGACCUUUUGCUGUGGUUAUGGAGUUCGGAGUCAGCUCAGGACUGGGAUUUGCCCAUUUAAUAGACGGUAACGGUAGCGCAUUCGCGUCAAUCACGAAUGUAUCUGCCGUGGGAGGGAAAUGCCCCGACUAUCUGUGUUAAUACGCCUCACUUGUGAUACGGUUUUGGAAACAUGUUGAACUUUACUUUCAUAUCAGCGAGAAAUAAUUGUUCUAAACUGUAUCGCAAGGAUUAUUAAUGUGUCUAGAUCUUAAUAUAAACAAUGGCGCCAAUGUGUGACAUUGGGAGCAACAUUUGAAAAUGGUUUGAAACCAAAAUAAAAAAGAUUUUCAUGCAGUUCCACGUGUACUAUGAGGACUCCACCUAUAAAACAUAGGCCCAGGACUAACCUGUACCCCCGCACAUUGACUCGGUACCGUUACCACCUGUAUAUAGCCUCAUUAUUGUUUUAUUUUAUUUUUUACUUUAUUUUAUUUAGUAAAUCUUUUCUUAACUAUUUAUUGAACAGCAUUGUUGGUUAAGGGCUUGUAAGUAAGCAUUUCACGGUAAGGUCAACACCUGUUGUAUAUCAACUAAAUUUGAUUUGACUAUACAUCCUUUAAGCAGGGUUCAUACAGACAUUGGCAAGUCAAAUUCAAGGACUUUCAGGGACUUUUUCAAGCACUCAAUUGUACUUUUCAAGGACCUCAAUGUUAUGCAAUUAUAUAAUGUGUAUAUAACUGUACAUAUAGGGCAUAAUAUAGAACCCCCCCCCCCCCCCCCCCCUCAAAAAAGCAUACAAAAAGUGUUUUUAAAAAAAAAAGUAGGCCAUCACUACUUUAAGAAUAAUUAUUUAUUUGAGAUUUUGGGCCUUGCCAAUGCAUUGAUAUUCAAAAUAUUUUUACAUUUAAAAAAAAUUGACAAUAAUGUGGACAUUGCCUGACUAAAUAGACUGGAUGCGUGCAUGGAGAUUUGUAUGUGGCCGACGCAGGCACACAUAAUAAAGUAAUGAAUAGCGGUAGCAUUAAUCUCACCAUAGCUGUUUUUAUAAUGAGAAAGGGACCAAAAACCAGGUCUCUUUUACAUUUUAAGCGUUUAGUAGACACUCUUAUCCAGAGCAAUUAGGGUUAAGUGCCUUGCUCAAGGGCACAUCGGCAUAUUUUUCAACUAGUCUGCUCUGGGAUUUAAACCACCAACCUUUAGGUUACUGGUCCAAAGCUCUUAACCGCUAGGCUACCUGCCGCCCUCUUUUUUUUUUUGUUGUUGUAAGAAUUUCUAUGGAAAGCCAAGUUGAAGCAAACAUUAGAUGUUGUCUUCAUAAUAGUAAGAAAAUGUAGACACUCACUACUGUAAGUCGCUCUGGAGAAAAGCGUCUGCUAAAUGACAAAAAUGUAAGUAAUAACCACAUGUUGUUUUACUGCAACAGAGUAGCACAACACCCUUCAAUUGAAGCGGUGGGAAAAAAUUAUAGUGGCCAUAUCUCUCACAAAAACGGAUCAAAAAUGAAAUCAUGGGUAGUUUUAAGGGAGCAGGAGAUCUUAUAAAUUGGCUACAAUAAUUACAAUAACUUUUCAAGCACCAAAUUGAGGAAAUGUAUUUUUUUCAAGGUAGGCCAAUCCCAGUACUUGAAUUUCUGAGCUCCAAAUUCAAGUUAAAGUAGGCUACCUACUUUAGGUCUAACAUGGAAAACAAAAUGUAUUUGACAUGUUAUUUCAUUACCAGAUCAUAUUGUGAAUAAGCCCACUAGGUUAUGUAAUUUGUUGUCACUAUAUCCAGAAUAAUUUAUAGGAAUAGCAUUGGGUAUUGCGCAAUAGUAUAUCCUACACAAUUGCGCACAGUGGACUCCGUGUCCAAGCCGAGGCACAAAAACAUAUGAAAACAUGAACUCAUUGCCUUUUUUGCUUUCUCUGUUAAAUCAAGCAGACCACAACAGAUGAUCAAUUCACUAGGGAUAUUAGAUCCAAUGUGGAUCCAGGCCAGUGCUUAAUUUGUGCCGGAUCCUGCCGGAAGAGGAUCCGGCACCUCAGAUUUGACUUUGUUUGUUCCGGUACCCAUUUGCCCAGAUCCGGUACCUCUCGCGGCAUGAUUGAUUAAUUAUUUCACUGUUCACACUGUAGACAUUCUAAUAAAAGCGAUCAGCAUUAAAUCAAGUCGCCUCCUCGUUAUUUCUCUCGCCCCCCAGAAAGACCAUCAUGUAAAAGCGCGGUGAUCCUUUUUUGUAAUCAUCCUAUCCUGCCACACUGAUUCCAGACCUGCUCUCUUAUUUGUACAUAUAGGUUAUGGGGAGGGCCAGUGGGGUAAAUAACUGAUCUUGACACAGGUCUUGGUAGUGGUGGUCAGCUAGUGAAGAGGUCCCUACGUAAUCACAUCACGUAGCCUAGUCUAGUUGUCUCCCUACUGAAUUUGAAUCGUGGGAAAGCCAAAUAAAAAAUUAAUAAGAAAAGGCAAUCGAGUUUGACAUUUUUCAAGUACAAAAAUCCAGAGAAAGAUAAUAAUAAUAAUAAUAUAAUAUGCCAUUUAGCAGACGCUUUUAUCCAAAGCGACUUACAGUCAUGCGUGCAUACAUUUUUGUGUAUGGGUGGUCCCGGGGAUCGAACCCACUACCUUGGCGUUACAAGCGCCGUGCUCUACCAGCUGAGCUACAGAGGACCACAAGAUGGUGACCAUAUGGCAGGUGUUCUGCAGUGUCGUCAAAAAAGGUUGCAGUAUAUUGAUGUCUAGAAAAUUAGGCUAUAAGAAAUUCGGACUUGUGUAAGCCCCGCAGCUAUACUCAAGUAUGUGGGCUAAAAUGUUUGAAUUAAUUAGCACCUUGGAGAGUGCUGUCCAUUUCACCACCAUAGAUCGUAGGCUACUUGGCUGCUAUGUUGUGUUUGACACUCCCCCUCGCGGUCACUAUGUGUUCAGGGACUUCCCAAUUUACAAAUGAAGCACUGAUCCAGGCACAACUGUAUUCACCGGCGUAACGAAUGCGAUGCCACAAUAUUCUGGACAUUCCUUGCGAACACCUUUUUUACAGCACUUGGGCUGUUGCAUCGAAUGCACCAUCAUAACAGCUGUUUGUCACUUGACUGUCAUUUGGAAAAUUCCUUCCUGGAUCAGAUGAUGUGUGACAAUAUCACAGCGAAACAAAUCAGCUGGACACCAAAUGCGCAUCCAACAAGUAUUAUGCAUAAUUAUUGAAGAAGCACGUUAAUGACAGUAUCGAUUUUAGGGUUUUAAGUAUCAAGGUAAGGUGACUCUUUCAGUUUUGAAGCAUUUUAUUUUGUAAUGCAUAAAUUAUGCGUGCAUACACAAAAAUGUAUGCACGCAUGACUGUAAGUCGCUUUGGAUAAAAGCGUCUGCUAAAUGGCAUAUUAUAUUAUUAUUUAUUAUAUUAUUAUUUUUGAUUUGUGUGCCCAUGAAAACUGACUGUUUUCACCCCGAAAUCUACUCAUCUACCCCACCCUAUAUCUUAAUGUAAUGACUUGAAGAAAAGAAAAAAAAUCCUCACUGGUACCCUAGUUUAUAGAAAGACCCUUCUAAGCGUUAAACGGAGCGUCAGGAUUGUAGUCCACAUGGAGCCAGCUGUGGUCCAUAUACGUUCAGCUUAGAACCCUAGGUAUGUCUGUAUGCCCCGUUGCGUUCUCGAGAACUAGACGGGAAUGUACUGUGAGGAAAAUGUACAGCCAAAACAAUCUUUAUCAGUAAUGUGUAGUGUAGUCACAACCGCCCCCAAAAAGAUUCAAGAACAUAAUCUCUCUGUGUAUUGAGACUUUUGUUAUAUGCACUUUAAAUAAAGUUGAUUUAAUUUUCUCUCGAACUGAUACUAUUAGCAGUGACUAAUCAUUUGGGUGGAGAAAACAGCCUCUUUUCCAAAACCAACAAACUCCUUAAAACUGCCCCUCUCCUUUUCGCUAGCAGCAUGUAACGCUAUCACAUUCCUCUCACGUCAGCCCUUAGAGUAACUUUUUAAUUUUUUAAUAAUCGAAAACCAGAUGUUUUAGGGUUAGUUAUAGUGAAGCAAGGCAAUUCUGGUCUUCAUUUUGACAGUUUGUUGCAAAAGUAAUAUACUGAACAAAAAUAUAAACACAACAUGUAAAGUGUUGGUCCCAUGAUUCAUGAGCUGAAAUAAAAGAUCCCAGAAACUUUCCAUAUGCACAAAAUGCUUAUUUCUCUCAUUCUGUGUACAGAUUUUUGAGGGAGCGUGCAAUUGAGGGAGCGUGCAAUUGGCACGCUGACUGCAGGAAUAUCCACCAGAGCUGUUGCCAGAGAAUCUAAUGUUAAUUUCUCUACCAUAAGCCGCCUCCAACGUUGUUUUAGAGAAUUUGGCAGUAAGUCCAACUGGCCUCACAACCGAAGACCACAUAUAACCACGCCAGCCCAGGACCUCCACAUCCAGCUUCUUCACCUGCGGGAUAGUCUGAGGGUGGGGGUGCUGAGGAGUAUUUCUGUCUGUAAUAAAGCCCAUUUGUGGGGAAAAACUAAUUCUGAUUGGCGCGGCCUGGAUCCCUAGUGGGUGGGCCUACCCAUGGCCCACCCAUGGCUGCACCCCUGCCCAGUCAUGUGAAAUCCAUAGAUUAGGGCCUAAUGAAUUUAUUUCAAUUGACUGAUUUCCUUAUGAACUGUAACUCAGAAAAAUCGUAGAAAUUGUUGCAUUUAUUUUUUCAGUAUAUUUUGGUCUUUUAGUAGUAAAUCUAGCUCUUUUUGACCCUAGUGGUUCAACUCUACUAUUUAAAUCAUGAUGUAGAGGCACCUUGAGAAAGUUCCUCUACGUCAUAGGUCACUAACAGGCGGACCGCGGUCCGGAUCCGGACCCAGAAGCCGUCCCAUACGGACCCGGACCAAAACAAAAGAUUAUGAAUUAAAACCUGACGGGGCGCUUCUAUUUUAAUAUGCACAGCUUUUGUAGUCUUUACGGUACUCGUUUUGUGAAUGAGGAAACUCACCGACCAAUUGCAUGUGAGUUAAGCGAUCCCACGUGAUACCACUCAGCCAAUGAAGUCUUUGCAUUCCUGGCGGUAAACAUUGGGACUCUACAGUGCAGACAGAUGAGAGUUUUAGAGGCAAGUUACCAAGGAAAAGAAAGUCGGAUUAAAAAGAUAGCGAUAUAUGUAGAAAACAAAGGGAGCGAAAACAGACGAAUGAGACGGAGAAAGGGAACGAAACAGACGAGUGAGAAACAGACGAAUGAGACGGAGAAAGGGAGAGAUACAGACGAGUGUGCCGGAGAAAGCUGAGGAAAAUACGAGUGAGACGGAGAAAGUUGACGAAAAUAUGAGUGAGACGGAGAAAGGGAGCGAAACAGACGAGUGAGGCAGAAAAAGGGUAACAGUUAGAGAAAAUAAGGAACAAAUGGCACUCUCCAAAAAAAGAAAAGUGGACAAUGAAAACAGAGCAUUUAAUCCAGAAUGGACAGACUCCACCAGGAUCCUGAGCAACACAUUCACUGCCCAACAACGUGCUCUUGAGUGUUCCCUCAGAGUUUCUUGGAUUUUGGGUAAACACAAAAAGCCAUUUACAGAUGGAGGGGUUGUCAAAGAAUGCAUGAGUGCAGUAGCUGAAACACUACUUGAGGGAAAACAAAAAAAUGAGCUUUGUGAUAAAAUAAAGCAAAUUCCCAUGUCAGCAUCAUCUGCCACAAAGAAAAGUGAAAUAUUAACUCAGGAUGUGCUAACCCAGCUAGAUGAAGCCAUGCAUAAGGCACCAUGUGUAGGCUUAGCUGUGGAUGAGUCCACUGACAUAUGUGACAAUGCUCAGCUGUUAGUGUUUGCCAGGUUUUUCAACACAGCCCAGAAAACAUUCUGUGAAGAUAUGUUAGGUGUCACUCCCCUUCAGACCAGUACAAGAGGAGAGGAUAUCUACCUGGCCAUUAAGGAGAUGUUAACAAAAAGAGGAAUAGAGCCAAAACAAGUGGUUUCAAUAACCACAGAUGGAGCCCCUUCUAUGAUAGGGAAAGAAAAAGGAGCUGUAGCAAGACUGAAAGGGGACAAUCCUGAGCUUUUAUCUUACCAUUGCAUCAUUCAUCAAUCUGUCCUCUGUGCCUCCCUGUCAGAUGAGCAUGCUGAGGUGAUGAAUACAAUGAUGAAAAUGAUCAAUUUUCUCAGGGCAUCCUCUUCCUACCAGCAUCGCAUGCUUAGGGAAUUCCUCAGAGAAGUUGAUGCCAAUGCUGAUGAUCUUUUGCUGCACAACAAUGUGAGAUGGCUCAGCAAAGGCAGGGUGCUAGAGCGCUUUUGGUCCAUCAGGAGGGAAUUAGCAUCUUUUUUGGCAGAGCUAAGCAGUCAGAAGGCAACACAGUUUUCUCUCUUUUUAGAAAAUGAGAAAUGGAUGGAUAAUGUGGCCUUUUUGGUUGACUUCACGUCACAUCUGAAUGAACUGAAUUUGAGGCUACAGGGCAAGGACAAUUCAAUUUGUGAACUGAUGACAGCUGUUCGCUCCUUUCAGAGGAAACUUGAAGUGUUCAAGGAAGACCUGCAGGGAGACUGUGUACACUUCCCAGCAGUGCAGGAACAGGUUCAGGGACAGAGAGAUUUGUCUUCUUUUGUUGAUUUUAUUGAUAAGCUGAUUGUAAACUUCAGCAACCGUUUUGACAGCUUCAGCUUUGGAGAGCAGCUCACCAUGUUCAUUCAGAACCCAUUUCUGAUCACAGAUGUCAGGGGGUUCUCAAAGGAAGUCACACAGCACUUUAAAUGGGUAAAUGCUGGGUCUCUCCAGAUGCAAUUGGUUGAUCUCCAAGCAGAUGUGGCCCUGAAAGAGCAGUUUGUAAGAACUGACCCUUCCACUUUCUGGUUCCAAAUGGUCCCUGAGACUGCUUUCCCAGGUCUGAGGAAAGUAGCCCUAUACAUCUUGACCAUGUUUGGCUCCACAUACAACUGCGAGGCAGCUUUCUCCACAAUGAACAUAAUUAAAACUAAAUAUCGUUCCAGGCUCACCAAUGAGCACCUUCACAUGUGUAUGAGAAUGGCCCUGACUCCAUUCAAGCCCAGGUUUAAAAUUCUGGCAAGACAGGCUAAAGCUCAAUUCUCUCACUGAGCAAAAACAUGGUGGAGUGGGAUAUGAGGGGAAGAAAGUGAUACUCUAAAACUGUUCAAUUGUUAAGAUCUGUUGAGAUUUAUUAUUUGUAAAAUUGGUUGAGACUGUUGAGUCAAGAUGUGAAACAGAAAAGGGGGAAAUUCAAACUUUUCCUCCCUUUAUAUUAUUUUUCUGAAGUUAAGCACUUUUUUUGAAAAUGCACAAUUUUCACAUUUUAUUUAUUUUCUCUUAUUUUGACAUGCAGCCCUAGUUUUAUUUAGUUAAUUAAUGAGAGCACAUUGUACAUAUCUACAGUCAUACAUAUAUGUUCAGUAGGGCUGCCCCUCUUAGUCGAUUAGUCGACUAAUCGGUCGUUUUGGUCUUAGUCGACUAAGAUUUCUUUAGUCGAUAAGUCAUUUUUUAUGCUUAUUCAUGCUUAAUUACUCAUUUCCAAGUAACUUAUGAGAACAUUUCUGGUGAACACGAGAUUUAAAGUGGUGCUUUUGCAGGAUUAAUUUCGGAGAAACUCAGUUUUACAGAUGGUUAAUUAACUACAUUUAUAUUGCGCUUUUCUAGUCUUGCACAGCUCUGUCGAUUAAAUCAACUAAUCGAUUAGUCGACAAACUCAUAUAAGUGUUAGUCGACUAAGAAUUUCUUUAGUCGAGGACAACCCUAAUGUUCAGUUCUAUGUUUCGUGAUAAUAAAUAUUGUCAACAAGUUUUUGAAUUGUACUGAAUUAAUUUGAUUAGAUGGUCAGUUAUUGAUUACAUUCAGAACUACUAGGCUACUUAAAUAUAUAUACCACUAAAUUGUUAGACAUUAUGAUCUUCUGGACCUUUGCUUCAAAACAUUUUCUCUAACUGGACCUUUUUUAAAUUUUGUUGAAUACCCCUGCUCUACGUCAUCUCAGGGGAGGGGUUUGGUAUGAAAUACACCCCCUUCUAGAUGUGCUGGGUGGUACCAUCUCAAGGCUUACUAUAAAAGUAGGUGACCGCGUGCCUUAUUUGGCAAUGGUCUUGGUAAGUAGAGUGUGGCAAUAUAUUUUGCUUCCUUGACUACUGAUGUUACACAAUUCAAAAGGCAGUAAGGCACAUUGCCGCAUAUUACCAAAUUCAACGUUUUAGAAUUUGGUCAUUAUGCACAUCUGUGAUUUUACGAAGAAAGAAAAACAUGAAGGCUAUGAGGAUUAUACGUUUAUAUUCAUAGCUAUGUCCAUUGUAACAAACCAUUGUAACAAAAAAAAUAGAUGCCAAUGGUGGUCAUGUCAACUUGUUGUAUUUUUUUCCAGCUGCUAUGACUGAUUGGCACAGUCCGCUAAGACAUUUGGCUCAUAGUUUAAUGGUUGGGAGUUCUAAUCUCACAUGGGACAGAUAUCUUUAUUUAAUUUCUAUAUCCUUUUAUUUACAAUAUUCAUCCCGUACCCACACACUUCCAAUUCUGAAAAGUGAAAGCAUACCUGUGAGAGUGGUUGCCCUGGUAGUAGUUGUAGGUUUUUAUACAGUACCUAAAACCAAUCUGUGAGUUGAUUUGACCAUUGGAAAAAGAGCUACUGCAUAAAUACUGUAAUGCGGGUUGGAUUGAAUUGAGCCUCUAAUCUUCAUUGUCAAGGUGAUGAUUGCUAUUUCCUUCCCAAAACUAUACCACAAUAAAUGAGAGUCCACAUUUCAAAUAUUGUUUUUGCGUCCCAUGAUUUUAAUUUACACCGCAAGUGGCAAUAGAUGUCAGGAACUCUGCGCCUUAUCACUGUGAGCUAACUGUCCAGAGGCAUAUUUGUUCGCGAUGCACAUAAUUUUCUAAUCAGAGCGUGCCAGUGGACUGGUAAGUAUGCUUUAGUGAGAAAGUGUUGGGAUCAGGUACAACUAUGUUUACCUACCAACCCAGAACUUCUCACCUGAAUGCAUUUAUUUUUUUGAAGGGUUGGGGCAAAUGCUGAAAUUGGGGUUGAGAGUUACUCUUUUAAAAACCUUCUCAGUUGAACCCAGAUCAUUAAUAAUUUUAGUUUUCUACGCAAUACAUUGACUUCCCUGGGGAUCUACAGGUUUAGCAUGUUGGUUGGGCUUUAGUUGGCUAAUGUUAAUGCUAAUGACUGCUAAUCCCGAACAUAAGGAGGAAACUGUAAUUUGUGAAACCAGACGAAUUAUUCACAUGGGGCUCAAAGAUCAAUGAAUGAACCGAGUUACCCUCAUUGACAGAUUUUACCGAUUUUUAUUUAAGAAAGCGACCACCCAUUGCAUUCAAAAGCAUGGGUUAUAGCAAGGUUAUUGUUAAUUAUUAUGAAUAUUUGUUUGGCCUUUGUAGCCCCACUUAUGAUGCUCCUGAAAAGAAGGACUGGUCACAGCAGUGCUAUUAAGACUAAAAUGUGUGAGCAGACUGAGCACUGUAUGAGUACAUCACCUUGCCAGCUCCUGUCACCACUAACUAGUGGUAUGAUGCUGUACCAGACUCUAAACAACCUCCUUAUUGUUCUGGGCUCCUCCUGCAAGUACUGUAACUCUCCUAGAUUCACAGCAAUGUGCCUUCUAUUUCCCCUCUCUCCUCUGGCAUCGUAGACUGACUCCUCUUUCCUCUCUGUGCCAAGGCUUUGUUAGAACCAGACAGCCUCCCAUCCUUCUGUUUCUAACCUUUUAACCUUUCUGCAUCCCUCUCCAUCCUUCUCUUGUUCCUUCCUUCCUGCCUCCCCCUGUCCUUGUCCCUGACCCCUAAAGGACCGCCACCUGGCCUUAUUAUUCAAGGUACUUUCCUUCCCAUCAUGUCUGUCUUUCUGGCUGCCAUUUUGUUUUCUGUUGUCCUGAUGAUAAAUCAUGUUUUAGACUCAGCUUGUUGUCACUCGUCUUCUGGUUUGUUAUGCAUUUUUGCUUUGAAAAUUACUAAAGUUGUGACUACUUUAAUUUUAGAAAAUGUUGAAUGUAUUUUAGGCACUGUUGUCCUGUCUUACAUGGAACUCAUAUGAAUGUGUGAUGCUAUAGUAUAGUAACAAUGGCUCUCCCUGCUGUCUCCUAGGACUCUGGACAUCCUUGUACAGCCAACGAUCCCGACAACUGCCUCAUGCCUGUUUCCCCUCAGCACUUCAUAGACCUCUUCAAAUUCUAG